AUGUCAUCAUAUCAGGACCUUCCCAGUGUAAACGAAAUCAAACGCGCCGCCGCAGCAGGUCAACGCUUUACCUCUGAGGAUGUGUCGAUCAUUGCACAGGCGGAGAGUGAGUUGACGGGCGGAGGUCCUGUAAAGGGUGGUCCUGCUGCAACCGCCCACUCCCUCGCAUCAAAACAAAUGAACUUCGACGCCAAAUUUGACGAACUAUCACACAAACCGCCUUCGCACAUCACGCAGGACGAUGCGCGACAAUUGCAAUCUGCUGAGGGACGAGCAUUCAAUGCCCCGCCCGGCGUUGCGAGUGUAUCGGCGCAGGUACGAUCGAUAGCUGAUCGGAAUGAAGUGCUGGGAUUACCAGCGGUGCAAGACCCGGGGCCGGUGUAUGUGACAAAAGAAGAGGCGAGUGAGGCACAGUCGGUCGAGUCUAUGUAUACGGGUGGGAUGGUGCCUAAGGGAGGUUAUGCGGCACAACUGCAGAGUGCUGCUGAUAAGAGGGAAGCGGCGAUGCAUGGGGUUACGUGGUUGCCAGAGGAGUAG